GAAACAAUUUUUUGAAAUUGGUAACAUGUAUAUAAAUUGUACUAAAACGCGAAAUUUCCUUGCAGAAAACCGCCAAUUAGUCCGCUGUUAACUUAUUAUAAUUCUGUAAUAAUUAAAAACACACUCUCUUUCUCUUCGCUGAUUUUAAUGGAAAAUGGCUUUUCUCGGAUCUAAUAUACCAAGCGAGGUCGGAUUGCGGUUGCUUCUUUGCCCACUUGGAUCCAACAUUGUGAUUCGAACAGCAUGCUGUUCAGUUGGGGUCGUAUUACCUGUGUACUCCACGUUGAAGGCCAUUGAGAGAAAAGAUCAAAAUGAGCAACAGAAGUGGCUAAUAUAUUGGGCAGCAUAUGGUUCUUUCAGCCUCGUGGAAGUGUUUACAGAUAAAUUGCUCUAUUGGUUUCCUAUGUAUUAUCAUGUGAAAUUUGCAUUUCUAGUGUGGCUUCAGCUUCCAUCAACUGAUGGAGCAAAGCAAAUAUAUACAAACCACCUGCGUCCAUUUUUCUUGAGGCAUCAAGCUAGAGUUGAUAUGCUUAUGGGCUUUGCAUAUGAUGAAAUGGGUAAAAUUGUCAGCACUCACCGAGCAGAAAUUGAAUAUGCUAAGGCUGUACUCUUGAAGAUUAUGGGGCCAGCUGGUCAGACGAGAAAUGGUGCACCUGAUAACUCAGGAGAGUUCCCUGCAAUUGAACAGGAUACAAGAACAAGCACAAAUACUGAGUCGGAUCACGGUGAUUAACUCCAUUUGCAAUGUUUCUAUGAGAUGAUAAUCCUAUUCAAAUUCUACAUAACUCCGUAUCAAUCAAAGGUAGUACAUGCGGUAAAUCAGCUGAUAAAAACCUGUCCGCAUUCUUGUCCAUAGUAGUGCAUUUUGUAUGUGGGAAUCAAGGAUUACGUGUAUCUACAAGUCCAUUAGUGAUUUUUCUUUUGUUUUUCUUGUGAUAUUGUCCUCUUCAUUGACGAGUCUUGAUGUAAAAUGUAUUUUGGUUUGCAUGCUGGUGCAAUAUUUGGCGGCUCAUUGGCUGUUUCUCGAAAUGUCAAAAUCAUAUACACGAUGAUGAGGCCUGAAAGGGGGAAACAUUUGAAAUAUUCAAGCACUUUUCUAUCUUCAAUAUCUUUUAGCA